AUGUUCAAAAAAUUUCCAGUUUUCAGUAUGGGGAGGCCACGGACGGUGAUUUGCUAUAUUUGCCAACGGGAAUUCGGCACAGCUUCCAUCGGAAUUCACGAGAAACAAUGUCUGAAAAAGUGGCAUGAUGAGAACAACAAACUUCCACCCAACGAGCGUCGGCCGGAACCGGUAAAACCACAGGGAUUUGGAAAUUUCUCAGAUCAGGGAGGUGGCGGUAUAUCUGGGCAGGCAAUUAAGACCACUGGUGUUGACCCCAAUCUCGAUGCCUACAAUGAGGCUGCCUCCAAGGCAGCUCAGAGCAAUCUAGUUCCCUGUAGGAGAUGCGGUCGAAGGUUUGCUGCCGAUAGAGCUAAAGUGCAUGAACAGUACUGUCAUCCACCAAAGGCACGGAAGCCUGUAUAUGAGGCUCGAAAACCAGAUUUCGACAUAAACAUCCUACGGACACCCUUGAAUGCGGGCCAAGGAGGGCCGCCGCGGAUGGGGUCUCCGGGCCCGAGACAGCCCACGCCUGGUCAAAGCAACGCGAACAGAAAUAAUAUCAGAAAGGAGCCAUCCCAAGUACAGAGCACCGAGAGCGCACAAUCCGUCGCUCGUGCUUCCACUGAAAAAACCAAAACGAUGAUCAAUCGACCUUUUGUUGUUUGCUACAUUUGCGGACGAGAGUACGGAACCAUGUCGAUUGGGAUACACGAGCCACAAUGCCUGACUAAGUGGUCUAUCCAAAACUCUCGUCUUCCACCAAAUCGGCGCCUUAAGACGCCAGAAAAACCCACAAUUCAUACCAACCGUGGUGGAGCAGAUGACAUUAGAAGUUACAACAGGGCGGCACUGUUGACCAGUGCAAGAAAUAUCGGGAUCAAGGACUCCCAGGACAUUCCAGCACUUUUCUGUGUGAGAAAAUGCGCAAUUAAAUGA